AAAUGGUUGUAGUUUGUAAUUAACUGAAUGCGACCAUGAGGGGAAUUAUACAUUUACCUACUGCUUGCGUCAACAUUAAAAAAGAAAUUGGAAAGAAAUCGGAUCUGGGGCUCCUCCCCCCCCCUCCACCGUAUAGUGAGAAAACCUGAGCAGGAACAUCACCACUCGCCUCCAGGAAGAAGCGGAGGAAAACCACCUAACUUACCUUUCUUUCCCCUGAAUAUGUAGCCUAGGAGAGUUUAUCCAGGACCGAUCAAAGGGAAGUCAUUUAAAAUCACAUGGGGAUAAUAGCGUUACAGUUGUCAAACAAACUGCUGCAUUGUUGCAACAUUUUUAUUAUUUUGUAAGAAUUGGUGAUACCCGCGCUAAAAGAAGAUAGUAGACAGUAGAUGGUGAGGGGCGAGUCGGGAUGAGUGUGCCCUGCUCAGGGCAUGGAGAGGCGGCGCCUCUCCUCCAGGGGCUGUGGGAGCGCGUGAGAGCGGGCCGGGAGGAAGUCCUGCUCUCCCCUUACCUGCCCGCGCUCUACGCCUUCGUGACGCACGUGCUGCUCUGCGCACCUUUCCUCGCGCUGGACGCGCUGGGAAGCGUCUGCCAGCGGGUCCGCUCGUGGAGGAUCACCGCAGGCUCGGGUCCGCCGCCGCCUCUCCGCCGCUGGGUUGGCUGUUUUCGGAGGGUGCUGUACCGAUACCUGACCACCGUCCUCCCCGCCACCGCGCUGUUUCACACGGUGCGGAGCCCCGCAGUGCCGGAGCUGGCUCCAUCCUGCUGGCAGCUCUUCGUGGAAGUCUUUGCGUGUUUACUGCUGUUUGACACGCUCUUCUUUAUGUGGCACGUCUGCAUGCACAGGUUUCCCUGGCUCUACCGCAACAUCCACCAGCUGCACCACCGGCACCACAUCCCCUUUGCUCUGGCUGCCCAGGACAGUAACUCGGGCGAGCUGCUGUCUCUGCUGCUGCUGGCUCUGAGCAGCGCCUGGGUGCUGGGCUGCCACCCGCUGAGCGAAGCCUUCUUCCACCUCAUCAACAGCUGGCUGGCGGUGGAGGUCCACUGCGGCUAUGACCUGCCCCUGGCUCUGCACAGGCUGCUGCCCGGUCUGGGAGGAGCCCGCUGCCACCAAGCCCACCAUACUCUCCUCAGCGUCAACUACGCCCCCUACUUCACCCACUGGGACCUCCUCUUUGGCACAUUCUGUGCUCCGGUGAAGCGUUCACAUCCGGAGUGACAAAAACUGUUGCACAUAUGAAGUGUCUUCCCUAGGCUUGUAGAAGACUUAUAUUUUUUUUGGGAGCAUCAUCAUUUUCAUAUCUGUGUCUAAAACCUUGGAAAAGCUAGAGCAGGUAAUAACUAGCACUAAAGAGCUUAACCCUCCUGUUGUCCUUGUCCUUGACCUGUUUUCAAAGUUUACAUGU